AUGGCUAGAGGGGCAUGGGUCGGGGAGAAGGGGGUAUGGGGGCUGGGGUUCUGUGCGAGGGGUAGAAAAAACCAGAGGGAGGGGGCGAUGGGUCUCGAUGGGGAAGGGAAGCAGAGAAGAAAUCAGUGGGGGGGGGGGUGGGUUCUGUGCAGGGAAGGGUGGGUUGCGGGUAGGGGGCCAACAGCUUUCCGGGUUCUGCACAGGGAGAGGGGUGGGUUGUGGAUUGCGGGUUGGGGGGGUGAAGCGAUGGGUUUCUGGUGGGGAAGAAGGGAUGGGUAG